AUAAAAAGCACAUUCUUUAUCUACUCCUACUUAAUUGUCCUGUUUCUAAGAGUGCUACCAGCCACCUAUUUGUCUUCUCCCAUAUACACUUGUUAUUUAUACCCCCCAGGCACACCAGCAAAUUAGUAUAUUGUUUCUCCAUAUGUUAGUUUCUCUUGAUGACCUUAAUUUGUUCUAGUAUUCAUUCUUGAAUUUAUUACUGUAUAGUACUAUAUACUGUACUCUAUGUGUUAAUUUGAGUUCAUAUGUUGGAAGAGUAUCUGGGCUGCAAAGUAUAUUUUUUCUUGAAGACCUUCAGUUGGAAGAGUACCUGGGAAACAAUUUCUUGCUAGUAGAGUAGUCUAGUGGAAAGAGGGAAGUUAUUCUUGUUUGACAUUCUCUUUCUGCAACAGAGAAUUAAUUAGCUGAAAAUGACGGCUCUCUAUCAAGAAAAUUACUUAAGUGACAGGCCAAAAGAAGUAUCAACAAGAAAGAAAAUUCUUGAUCCUCGGACAUCAUUUCUGCAGUUCUGGAACAAAAUAUUUGUCUUGGCUUGUAUAAUUUCAGUGGCCAUUGAUCCAUUGUUUUUCUACAUUCCUGUCGUUGAUAACAAGAGGAAGUGCCUUGAUUUGGACAGCUCAUUAAAGAUCCCUAUUUCUGUGCUGCGAUCGCUCACCGAUCUUUGCUAUAUAUACCAUAUCAUCUUGCAAUUUCGCACUGGUUUUAUUGCUCCUUCUUCUCGAGAUGGUAGGGAUGAGGUGAUUGAGGAUGCUCUCCGUAUAGCCAAGCAAUACUUGCUCCCUCAUUUCCUCAUUGACAUUCUAGCUGUUCUUCCACUCCCACAGAUGGUGCUAUUUAUCACUGCUCCGAACAUGAAUCGCCCCAUAUCUCUGGAGAUGAAAAAACAGUUGGUGGUUGUUAUUUUCGUACAAUAUAUUCCGAGAAUCAUUAGGAUAUUCCCAUUAUAUAAGGAAGUAACAAGAACAACAGGCUUUUUUACUGAAACGGCAUGGGCUGGAGCUGCUCUCAAUUUAUUCCUGUUCAUGAUCGCCAGUAAUGUAGUUGGAGCCUUAUGGUAUUUGAUCACAGUGUUUCGACUAGAUAACUGCUGGAGGGAAGCAUGUAAGGAUAUUAAAAACUGUGUGUUAGACCACUUAUGUUGUGUGAAACAAGGGAAUGGAAACGCUCAAUUUCUAAAUUCUUCUUGUCCUCUCCUGAAACCGGAAGAUAUACAAGAGGGUGACUUUGAUUUUGGGAUAUUUCUUGAUGCUCUUCAGUCUCGAGUUGUAGGAAAAAGAUGUUUCUGGUCCAAACUCAGCUAUUGCUUCUGGUGGGGGAUGCGAAAUUUAAGUUCUCUUGGCCAAGACCUUAAAACAAGCAAUUAUGUAUGGGAGACCCUCUUUGCCAUCUUCAUUUGCAUUGUUGGGCUGAUCCUUUUUGCCUUUCUUAUAGGCAACCUACAGGAGUAUUUGCAGUCUAUCACAGUUAGACUUAGACUAGAGGGGAUGAUGUCGAAAAGGCAGGAUGUAGAACAGUGGAUGUCUCACCGAAUGCUUCCUCACGACCUGAGAGAACGCAUUCGAAGAUAUGAGCAGUACAAAUGGGAACAAACUAGAGGUGUUGAUGAAGAUCAUCUAAUUUCUAACCUUCCCAAAGACUUGAGGAGAGACGUAAAGCGUCAUCUCUGUUGGUCUUUGCUCAAAAGAGUUCCCAUGUUUGAGAAAAUGGAUGAACAGUUACUCGAUGCAAUGUGUGAUCGGCUGAAACCAGCUCUUUUCGCAGAGAAUAGCUUCAUAAUCCGAGAAGGAGAUCUAGUGAGUGAAAUGCUUUUUCUCAUGAGAGGUACUUUGUGGACAAUGACCACCAAUGGUGAAAGAACUGGUUUCUUCAACUCUGCAUGCCUCAAGGCUGGUGAUUUCUGUGGAGAAGAGCUUCUUACAUGGGCUUUGGACCCCAAUGGUUCCUCAACUCUUCCCGCCUCUACUAGAACAGUACAAGCUGUCACAGAAGUUGAAGUUUUUGCUCUUACAGCUGAUGAUCUCAAGUUUGUUGCUGCCCAAUUUAGACGCCUUCAUAGCAAGAAGCUUCGGCAUACUUUCGGGUUUUAUUCACAACACUGGAGGACAUGGGCAGCGUGCUUUAUACAAACAGCAUGGCGAAAACACUGGAGGAACAAGCUUGAGAAAUCUUUGAGAGAGGAAGAAGAUAGACUGCAGGCUGCAUUGGCAAAUGAGACAGCAAAUUUACCAAGUCUUGGAGCUACCAUUUAUGCAUCAAGAUUUGCUGCCAACGCGUUACGUGCCUUGCAGCGCAACCAUCCAAGGGGUUCCAAAUCAUCUACCAGAUUAAGUCGCUUAUUGCUUCAGAAGCCAGCUGAACCUGAUUUUAGCUCCUAAAGCUAGAGCCUAGAAAUAUUGGAAAGAGGCUCAUCUAUGACCCUGCUGUUGCAGUUUGGUUUUAGUCCUAGUUUUUACGAUCAGUCAGAUAGAAGAGUCUGUUGUAUCUUUGUAAGAUUAGAAAAAGGAAUAUAAAACAGGCAUUUGCUCCUGCCUUGUAAAUUAUGGUAUUCUACUGAACUCAGGCUUUCAAUAGAUUUUGGCUAUUUUACAUGUUGUCACAGUCAAGUAAAAUUUGAACUCUGAAUUCCAAUAGAUUGUGCAAGAUUUUGUAUAGCAUGGAUCUUUUAUUUUAUAAGAAGAAAAAAGUAUUGCAUAUUC